UCCUCAAAAGAAGUUGUCGGAUUAUUACACAAUCCUGGUUUUCCAUAAUCAAAUUACUUUCCCCCAUUCUGAAACAGAUAAAAGAGGGACAGAAAAGGAUUGCAGCACAAAUUCAGAAUCUUUUAUCCUGGUAAGCUCAAAAGCUUUAGAUUUUGGAUACGCCACUACUCGAAACAGUUUGUUUGUAGGACUAGGUUAUUAUUAGUUCAAUAAACUUGAUUUGAAGUAACAACAGUAAUAGUUUGGAUAGAAGAAUCAUAUCUGUUCUGGGUUCAGUGUAAAACCUCAUUUAGUUGUAUUGUAAUUUCUGGGAAGAAUGUCAAUAUGUCAGAACAUAAAUUUCUUUAUAUUUCCUCAUGAUUGUGUUUCUUUUGGUAUGUCAAAAAAUUCCCUACAAAUUCAUUCACAAUAUUCAUGCAUACCCAAUUCAUUAUCUGUUGUUCGUCAUCGGUUGCAGCAUUGUGCUGCUGUAGUGAGAAACUCUGAUGCAAAAUCAAACCCUAAUGAUGAUUCUGACCCCAAAUUGAAACCUAAGAGAAAAACUAGUUUAAAGAAAACCAAAGAUGUAGAAGCUGAACCAAACAAUGCUUUGAAACUCCCACCAAGAAAGCCAAGGCGUGGGCGUAGGAGUGAGGCUGUUGCUGUUGAGGAUUUUGUACGCGGCUCGCUUGAAAAGACAUUUGCUUCAAUUCAGGAGCAGAAUCCUGAUGUUUUUGUGAAAAAGGAGAAGAUUCUUAGAAAUGUUGAUGGUGAUGAUGAUGAUGAUAUUGAUAAUGAUAGUGAAAUAGAUGAGGAGAUGGUUAUUGAUGAGGAUGAUCCGAGUUGGCCAGUGGAUGCGGAUGUUGGAUGGGGUACGAGUGCAUCAGAUUAUUUUGAAAAGUAUCCUAUUAAAAACAUAGUUGGAGAAGAUGGUGCUGAAAUUGAUUGGGAAGGUGAAAUUGAUGAUAGUUGGGUACAAGAAAUCAAUUGCCUGGAGUGGGAGAGUUUUGCUUUUCACCCGAGUCCGUUGAUUGUUCUUGUUUUUGAAAGAUACAACAGGGCAACUGAUAACUGGAAACUUCUUAAAGAGUUGGAGAAGGCACUCAAGGUUUAUUGGAAUGCGAAAGACCGACUUCCCCCUCGUGCAGUCAAAUUGGAUAUCAAUAUCGAGAGAGAUUUAGCAUAUGCUCUGAAAGUCAGACAGUGCCCGCAAAUACUAUUUUUACGUGGACACAAAAUUUUGUACAGGGAAAGCGAGCCGAGAACCUCGGAUGAAUUGGUCCAAAUGAUCGCAUAUUUCUAUUACAAAGCUAAAAAGCCUUCAUGGAUUGAUGAAGCAGCUCUAGCUUUGUAGGUCCUCACCCAUCGGGAGGCUCGUUGACAAGUGAUGCUAUAUGGAUUUCAGCCAUCAAUGAUCAAUGAAAUAACAAGUUGAUUAUUGUCAUAUUUAGGUAAGUAUGGAGAUUUGGAGAUCGAGUUGCAGGUAAUCAUGGCGGGAGAGCUAAAGAUGAAGAAUUUGUGUGUACCUUAAGUCUUCUUUGUUGGGUUUAGGAUUAGAAUGUAUCGUACUCGUAUAACUAGUCAAGUAUAGCUCCUACUGCCUUGUAAUAUAUUCAUGUUAUUGAUGAUGCUUGUUGUACCUAAGCUUAAAGCUUGAAAGCAUAUUGUAAUCCCUAGCAUUUGGUUAAACUUAAAGUACUUCGGUCGGUUGGUCCUUCUUGGAUAUGAUCUGCCAUAAUCACUUCUAUAAUCCUUCAAGUAUGUGCUUCAAUGGAAUAUAUUUUUUCGGAUA